CCCUCAUGGUUCAAUUACUUUACUAUUCAAGUCUUGCUCUGUACCUGGUUCAACUACCCUCUUUACUCUCUCUCUCUCUCUCUCUGUUACUUUCACUUCUUGUAAAAAAAUUCUCUUCAAUUUUUGAGGUGGGUGUUGCUGGACUUCUAAAAAGCCAUUGAUUAGUGGAAAUGGGAGAAUCAUGCAAAGAUUGGAGCAAAUGGGCAGAGGACAUCUAUUGGACCCAUUUCCAAACAAUUCACUUCUCUCAGUAUCUCCUCGGUGAUUAUGAUCGCCAGCUUGCCAUUCCCAAAAAAUUUGUUGACAAUUUGAAAAAGAAGCUGCCUCAAAGUGUGACUCUUAAAGGUCCUAGUGGUUUAACAUGGGAUGUAGAGUUGAAGACUAUUGAUGAUACAUUGUUCUUUAACCAUGGUUGGCAAGAAUUUGUCAAGGAUCAUUCUUUGGAAGAGACUGAUUUAUUGGUCUUUAGGUACAAUGGUUGGUCACAGUUUGAUGUUUUAAUCUUUGAUGGAAAGAACUUGUGUGAGAAGGGGGCUUCGUAUUUUGUCAGAAAAUGUGGGCCAACUGAACAUGACAAUGGAUGCUUGACUAAGAAAAAAGUUAGGGAAGGUUCGAUCGAUGAUGUUCAUACCCCGUUGGAUGAUGGUGUUAGAUGCCCUUCACCUAUGAACUAUGUAAGUGAUGACAGUGCCACAGUGCCUUCAGAACAAUAUAUCAUAUCUCUGGUCGGUAAUAAAAGGACUCGCCAGAGUGCUAAAAGUGUUGGGAGGAAGGAACCUGCUACUUGUGGAGAGGGAAUGAAGUCCACUGCAAGUGAUGAUGCGGAAUGUUCACCCAUCAUUAAGAAUGGGGCACAAGGCCAGCAAUAUGUGUCAAAUAGAAGGCUUGUAACUGAAGAUGAGAUCAAGGAUGCCUUGCUUUUGGCCCAAGCAGCAUCAAGCGAUGAUACCUACCUUGCUGUUAUGCGACCCACACAUGUAUACAAGAAAUUCUUUCUGUACAUCCCUUUAGAAUGGGCGGCAAAUCAUCUUUCCCUGGAAAACCAAGAAAUCUAUCUACGUUUUAAUAAUGAUACAUGGCGAGCCAGAUAUAACCAUAAUCAAGCUCGUGGUUAUGGAGGGAUUACCAGUGGGUGGAAGCAUUUUGUUAUAGACAACAACCUUGAAGAACUUGAUGUCUGCCUGUUCAAGCCUGCUGGUCAAAUGGAUGGCUCGACUAUCCUGGAUGUUAGCAUUUUCCGGGUUGUCCAAGAAAUUAGCCCUCGGACUUUAUUGACUCCACCACGAAAGAGGGGUAGAAAAAACUCAAUCAAGAGCACUGAAGCAUAAGCAUGUAAUUCAUACAAGAUGUGCAACCUCGUUGUGAUCUAGAAUAUCCUACAUUUUGAGCCAGGGCAAAUGGUUCUGCUACCUGUGGACUGCACUUUAUAUAUGUAACAUAUUUAGCCUUUUGUUGCCAGACUACUUACUGUUAUUGUGGAUGCUUCAAGGGAACUUUAGUAAUUAGUAGUUUAGUGACCCUUGUUUGUAAAUAUGUUUUGUGGAAUGCGCUACAACUCCUCUCUAAUUAUAUAAUUUUGCUUUGUGGUUGCCACU